UUCUUCUUUCAAUCCCGAUACAAAAGUAUGUGAUACUACAGAAACUACACAAGUCUGCGUCACUCUAGUGUUAAAUACGUGAUUAUUCACUGCAGAGAAGGUACAAGAGGGUACUUCUUCGGCAAUUAAACUUUGACCUUUUCGUCAAACAAUUGCUGGCCACCACGGAGUGAGACAUACGAUACAGCAUCUAUUGUGUAGUAUUGAAGAGGACAUUGUAUAACUCAGUGGCAUGGUGUAGAAAUGUUACCUGUAAUACUCUUCCUCUCAUCGAUUCUAGCUCAUGUCCAUCCAGGGGCGGGGCAAAGAUUUACGCGGGAAAUCCUGACCGGAAGUGACGUCAUCUUGCCUUGUGACGAUGGCGCGGGAAAUCCCACCACCCUGGCGUGGAGCGUCAACAUCGACGGCAACCGCCGGACUCUCCUACUGGUGGCUAACGGGGUCCUGAACCAACUAUCGCCGCCUGUGACAUACGCUGGGCGACUCCAGCUGGACGGGACGAAGGACCUCCAUCUACGGGACGUUACCAUUACAGAUGAAGGGGAGUACAGGUGUAACGCCUAUCCCUACCGGCGGUAUGCUAUCACCCUGGUGUCACUGAAAGUAUAUGCACAACCUAUGGCACCAAAUAUAACUAUAUACCCAGACGACGUAGACAUAGACCAUGUCCCCGUUGGAACGAACUUAACUCUAUCCUGCACUUCAAAUAAUGGCCGUCCAGCCCCCAACAUCGUUUGGACCAUCACACCAAACAACAGGCUUGUUCUCACAGAACCGUCACUGACUACUACUGAAGCUUCGGAGGGUCUCUGGGACGUGACGUCAUCAAUCAGUUUCGUGAUUACUGGAAAUAGAGUGACGUAUGACAUCAGGUGUGACGUCACUGGACCAGGACCAAUAACCAAUCAGAGUGUGGCAGUAGUGCUUACCUCUGGGCCAGAUAGGUCAGCCCAGCUAAGUACGGGUGCCUCCGUUGGUGUAGCCUUAGGAGUCAUAGCAGCUAUAGCAGUGAUCGCCACACUGGUAUUCCUGUUAGUAAGAAACGGCGUAGUAGGGAAAGGAUUUGGGGACACCAGAAGUUUCGAAGGUGGGUUUGUAAACUUCCGCAUGUCCUUCUCACGCCAUCACAAAGAUAAGAGUGAUCUUAGCAGGUCGGAUGUCCAGCCAUCAGCGCCCCCUAGUGAUCCAUCACCAAAUCGCAAGCAGCAAAGUCAGGAGGCAAGAACGAACUCUCUCCAAAAGCCCCGGCCACACUACAGACCUCCGGAGACCGAUCCGAGCAUGUUCACAAGUACACCCCGUGAUCAAUCCUAUGAAAACUACAUAAAAUGGUCGCCUUCGUUUGUUUUGUACAGUAAAGAGUCAAGUGUACAAGUCUGACUGCUGUGAGUUUAAUUUUCUAAAAUUGAAGUUUUUUAAUCUAAUUUUGUAUGAGACAUUAUAUACUUGGAUUUUGAGAGAAGUUGGUAUGCUGGAUUCUUACCUAUAUAACCCAUAUACAACUGAACUGAUUGGUAGCAAUUCUAUCUUAUGUGUACAUUAUCAUAUUUUGUAAUGUAAUCUUUGACGUGCAUAUUUUUACAUUCAAUAAAACAAACUAAAUGUAACGACGUGCUAUGUGUGUGGUGUUAUGUGGGUUUCAGGGGGUAUGGAAUUGAUUAAAUGCGCGACGUUCAUAACUUCGAUAAUCUCAGAAGAAUUU